UGUGGCAGAACUCAGGCGGUUCGCCCGCCGGAGGCCAGCCGCCCGAGCCGCGGCUCCACCCCGGAUGCCCCGCCCCGGACAAGGGGUUCGCUCCCCAGAUGCGUCACUGAGACUUGAAGCACGUCACGUAGUCGGAGCUUUAUCGCGUUCAAGCCACAGACGUAAUCCAAAUCAGCUGCUGUGAUUUCUGCAAUAUUACGUCCUACUCGACAGGUCAUUACAACGCUACUACCGUCACCGCAAACGGUCACCUAUGACGACUAGCUAAUGCGGAAUGUUACUGACCAGCUUACUUAUGCUGGCUAUUGUUCAUCUUGCGAAAAGUGGCCAAGUGAAAUGUUUUUGCGAUCGCGAUUCAUGCGACGACAAUCUGCUAUGUCAAGGCGAUUUCUGUUUCAUCGGUUUGAGACGAGAGGAUAACGGGGAAUCACCGAAAUUACGACAGCAUUGUGGCACUGCUGGUGAGAUACCGUACCUAAACGGCGGACACGCCCGAUGCGAAGAACGGAUCGAUAAUUGGCAAGAAAUCUGCAAAUGCGAAGAAGAUUUCUGCAAUACAUUUGCCUAUCUCCGCUCCUCAAUAGAUUCACGGCAAGAUCGUCGUGAUAUUGUGCAAUUCACAAAACAAGAUGUACCGUAUCCACCUCUACAUACGAGACCGGACGAUCCGUGUCAAACAACAGAAGUGCCAGUUGGACGAAAUCAGAGUUCAUCGUUGAUCGUGCUGCUCGUCAUCAUUCCGCUAUCCGUUGGCGGUUUUGCUGUCUGCCUCAUCUUUCUUAAUUAUCACUGCAAAAUGUGUUAAUCUACUUGAUUUUGAGUUUAUGUGCCAGUUUUCUCCUAAAAAAUUCUCUAGUCACAUUUUUUGUCGGAAAAAAUAUCUGUUUUUUUCCGAACAACCUAUCUUCUCUAUCAC